AUGGCGUCACACAAGCGAAGACAGUCCAUCGCGACGAAGGGUCUCGACCAUUUGAACCUCGGUAGCAAGAUUGAGUGGCUUGCUGCCCUUGAUACCGCUUAUGCUCCCGAACAUAACUAUCGCCGCUCAAGUAUCAUCUGCACAAUUGGUCCCAAGACGAACAGCGUCGAAGCCAUCAACAAGCUCCGUCGUGCUGGUCUCAAUGUUGUCCGCAUGAACUUUUCCCACGGCUCUUACGAGUACCACCAAUCCGUCAUUGACAAUGCCCGAGCUGCCGAGAAAGCCCAAGCCGGGCGUCCCGUCGCCAUUGCUCUGGACACCAAGGGCCCUGAGAUCCGAACUGGCAACACCAAGGGAGAUGAGGAUCUACCCCUAUCUGCCGGAACGGUCCUGAACAUCACUACUGAUGAGCAAUACGCCACUGCUUGUGACACUGAGAAUAUGUAUGUUGACUACAAGAACAUCACCAAGGUUAUUACGCCUGGUCGUAUCAUCUACGUCGAUGAUGGCAUUCUCGCCUUCGAGGUCCUCGAGGUUGUUGAUGACAAGACUGUCAAAGUCAAGGCUCUCAACAAUGGCUUCAUCAGCUCCCGAAAGGGUGUGAACCUCCCCGAUACCGAUGUUGAUCUUCCUGCCCUUUCAGAGAAGGACAAGAAUGAUCUCCGCUUCGGUGUAAAGAACAAUGUUGAUAUGGUCUUCGCUUCUUUCAUCCGCCGUGGCCAGGAUAUCAGAGAUAUUCGCGACGUUCUCGGUGAAGACGGCAAGCACAUCCAGAUUAUUGCCAAGAUCGAAAACCGACAAGGCAUUAUCAACUUCGCAGAGAUCCUUCGUGAGACAGAUGGUGUCAUGGUCGCCCGUGGUGAUCUUGGUAUUGAAAUUCCUGCUGCUGAGGUUUUCGCUGCUCAGAAGAAGCUCAUUGCCAUGUGCAACAUGGCUGGCAAGCCCGUUAUUUGCGCUACCCAGAUGCUUGAAAGUAUGAUCAAGAACCCUCGCCCAACUCGUGCAGAGGUAUCUGAUGUCGGAAAUGCCAUUACUGAUGGCGCUGACUGUGUGAUGUUGUCUGGUGAGACUGCCAAGGGUAACUACCCUGACAAGGCCGUUAGUGAGAUGCACGAAGCCUGCAUCAAGGCCGAGAACUCCAUUCCCUACGUCAGCCACUUCGAGGAGUUGUGCUCAAUCGUGAAGCGACCGGUAUCUGUGGUUGAGUCGAUUGCCAUGGCCGCUGUGCGAGCCUCCCUCGAUCUCAAUGCCGGUGGUAUCAUCGUUCUAUCUACGACAGGUGACUCGGCUAGACUACUGAGCAAGUACCGACCUGUCUGCCCCAUUUUCAUGGUCACACGUACUCCCAGUGCCAGUCGGUAUGCUCACUUGUACCGUGGUGUCUACCCCUUCCUGUUCCCUGAGAAGAAGCCCGACUUCGACAAGGUCAACUGGCAAGAGGAUGUGGACAAGCGCAUCGGCUGGUGUAUCAACAACGCCCUCAAGUUGAAUGUGCUAACUCUGGGAGAGACGAUUGUGGUUGUUCAGGGUUGGAGAGGUGGCAUGGGUAACACCAACACGAUCCGUGUCGUCAAGGCUGACCCUGAGCACCUUGGCAUUGGCAUGCUGGAGUAG